GAAUUAUCCGCGGAAACGGGUCCGAGAUGGUCGGAUCAAGCCCGAUUUUCUCCAGCAUGUUAUGAUUUGCUCGUUCCCCGCACGCUGGCAACUGGUCUCGCAUCACCCACGGCAACCCCUCCCCGCUCCCAUGGGCACUCAGAGGAAAACAGCUAUUUAGUCCCGGGCUUCGACUGGAACUGAGGGGUAGGCAAGCAGACUUGGGAGAUUCUGCGCUGUUACUGCUUCAAUCACAACAAUGACAGCCUCCACGGAAGAUAUCGCGCGCUUCUCGGUGGAAGGGAAGACGGCCAUUGUCACGGGCGCUGGCUCGGGGAUCAAUCUAUCAUUCGCAUCCCUCCUGCUAUCCAGGAAUUGCAAUGUCGUGGUAGCCGACAUCGCCCUGCGACCGGAAGCAGAGCAACUCAUCGCUAAGUAUGAGGCCGCCGACUCCUCCCCGCGAGCAGUUUUUAUUCGCACAGACGUCACCUCUUGGGCCGACUUGAAACGCAUGUUUGACUUGACCUUGUCCUUGUUUGAGGAAUUUCAUAUCCUCUGUCCUGGUGCCGGUGUCUACGAGCCCCCGUGGUCGAAUUUUUGGCAGCCACCCGGCUCCGCCAUAAGCAAAGACAAAGAGGACAGCGACCGAUACGCUCUACUGGACAUCAACGUCACGCAUCCCAUCCGAACUACCCAACUGGCCUUGUCGCACUGGCUGCAUCCCACAAGCCCCAACGUAGCUCCCGUCUCCCCGCAGAAUCCCCGCCGCGUUAUUCACAUCUCCUCCGUGGCAGGCCAACUGCCGAACGUUGUGUGUCCCAUGUAUGGCGCUUCAAAGGCCGCCAUUACCGGCUUCGUGCGGUGUUUGGCCCCCCUCGAGCAGGCAAUCGGCGUUCGCGUCAAUGCAGUGGCCCCCGGUCUUAUACGUACGCCAUUGUGGGUCGAGAAUCAGGAAAAAAUGAUGCUUAUCGACGAGGAGAAGGACGGAUGGGCAACGCCCGAAGAAGUCGCAUCCGCCAUGCUAAGAUGCGUGGAAGAUAAGGAUAUUGGGGGAGGAACGAUUUUGGAAGUUGUUCGCAACUCAACGCGACGUGUUGAGAUUCUGAAUGACCCAGGUCCCGCUAGGGUGGCUGGGGAUGCCUCCAUCCCGAGCAAGAACCAACAGGGGGUGGACCAACUCCUCGAAUCCCUGAAACAGAAGGAUAUAUGGGGCCCGCAACAGCGGUCGACAUGAUGUGCAUACUGCUAUCUUUGCCUUUAUUGAGUAAACAUACGUAGGGAAGGCAUAAGAAAUCGUUAAGCCAUCAGUGAAGUCGCCCCCCUGUUGGAUAACAUCAUGGGCUAUUAUGGCGAUAUGAUAAACAGAUUU